CGUCACUUGUCUCCCCAUAGCAACAAAGCUGGUCUGUUAGCCGUUAUUCUGCUGAGCUCGAGGAGGGCUUUUAUCACAUAUUUCUCCAUUUUUCUUUAAAAUGGCUGAAGUUGAGGAAACCCUGAAGAGAAUUCAGGGCCAGAAAGGAGUCCAGGGGAUCAUCAUUGUCAAUUCAGAAGGAAUUCCUAUUAAGACAACUCUGGACAACGCCAGCACGGUGCAGUACGCUGGACUGAUCCACCAGCUGGUGAUGAAGGCGAGGAGUACUGUAAGAGACAUCGACCCCCAGAAUGACCUCACCUUUCUGAGGGUCCGCUCCAAGAAGAACGAAAUCAUGAUUGCUCCAGAUAAGGACUAUUUCCUGAUCGUCAUCCAGAAUCCCUCAGGCUGAAGAAUCUGCUGUACUCCUCUUCAUGCUCUUUGUCUGUCCCCCAUAUCAAAACAGCCAAACAUUUUUCUUUGUCUUGCUUCAUCAGAAGAACCUGAAGCUUUUUAUGCACAUUUUCUACCACGAAGGAUAAGGAUGUAAAGGUGGAUCAUCUAUACGACGAUUCAAGAUACCACUCUGCUUACAAAUGUUAUUUCAUGUAUUAGCAUUCCAACUUGUUCUCCUCUCUAAAUACUUCUGAUGUAAUGUCUCUGUGUUUAUUUCUUUUUCCUUCUUCAAACUCAUUACUGUACCACAAACCGAAGUAGGAAACUGGAUGAGUGCAGAUAAAUGCACGGUAUAUCAAAGAGAGAUAACAACUCAUUGAUAUGUUUGAGGGUGUUUUCCUGAUCCAUGAUGGAAAACUUGGUUUGUUAUUUAUUGAAUUUUUUUGCCGAAAAGAUGCAGAAGUUCAGUAUUUUACUGAUGAGCAGAGAAACAAACACUACAAACACUUCUCUGCAAGUUUCUGAUUAUUUUUUGACAAUUUAAGAAAUUAAAGAAGUCAAAUGCU